CUGCUCGUGCACGUCGCGUGCUGAUCGCGAGCAGUACUCUCUUCUCGUGCACUCGCGGGGCGCAGUCGCGAGCAAAACGAAGCGAUGGACCGUCAGCUCUUUCCCGAAUAGCGAAGCAGCACUGCAGCAGAGCUACUUUUGCAGAUAUUGUUGUGUGUGUUUGCAGGCAGUACCACUAAAGAGAGCUGUAGUGCAGCAGAACUGCUUCAGUAGUAACACUUCACUUCCACAUCAUUGCAGCAUUAAUGGUAAUGCAUGCAACGAAUCCAUCCAGACUCAAUGAUGGGUGCAAUGAUCGAAGAGAUCCUCAAGCCUACCAGUCUGUCAAAUAUCAGUCAAAGAGUCACUCGUCAAAUGACCAUCGCCAUGACAAGAUGCGAGAUUCGUCAGACGCCACACCACCAACUAAAAUGCUGCGGCGAUCAGACAGUCCAGACAACAAGCACAGUGAUGGAACAGGGCACAGCCAAACGAAAGCACUCCACGUUCACCGGACCCGUGAGAGGGACAGCGGUGUCAGUUCUUCUCCACAAGAAAACUCCCAUCAUGCAUCAAGUUCUCACCCUCAUCCAAACAGAACUUCAGAGAUGCCCCGCGAGCCAGCAGAUGAUUGGUCCGAGCAUAUCAGUUCGUCCGGCAAGAAGUACUACUAUAACUGUAGGACAGAGGUCUCUCAGUGGGAGAAACCUAAAGAAUGGUUGGAGAGAGAACAAAGGCAGAGAGAAGGUGCCAAGACUAUGGUUAACAGCUUUCCCAAAGACAGAGACUACAGACAAGAGGCGAUGCAGGCCAGUGCCACAAGUGCCCUCAGUAGUACAAAAUCUACUUUAGUGGAGAAGUCAUUAUCAGACUCUGGUUAUUCUCAACCUUUGUCCAUAAACCCCUCCAGUACGUCCAGCUCCUCCUCGUCCUCCACAGUGCCUGUGUCUCCUGCCCUGCAAGCUUCAACCUCCACUCUGCUUCAGGACCCAGCACUCCUCCGACAGCUGCUGCCUGCACUCCAGGCCACCCUGCAGAUGAACCACGGCAAUGUAGACAUGAGCAAAAUUAAUGAAGUCCUCACAGCCGCUGUCACACAAGCUUCCUUACAGUCUAUGCUUCAUAAGCUUCUCACUGCCGGACCGUCCGCUUUCAACGUCACUACUCUGCUUUCCCAAGCUGCUCAGCUUUCCACACAAGCUCAACAGUCCGGUCAGUCACCCAUGUCAUUAGCAUCAGAUGCCUCUUCACCGAGGUCAUACGUGUCUCCCAGAGUCAGCACACCUCAGACCAAUGCUGUCUCUAAACCCCUGCUCAGCUCUACAUCUCUUUCUUCGCAACCAAAGGUUAGUGCAUCAAUUCAAAGACAAGGAUCAACUUCCCAGCAGUCUGUCAGCUCUGACAAACCUCUGGAAUUCAGUGAUCCCCGUCUUCACAGGCAAAUCAGUCAAGAGGGCUUGUCGGGCUCUAAUGGCAGUGCGGGCAUCAGCGUUCCCGCCUCAGGCAGCACCUCUCGAACCCAAAGCACUUUCACUCCUUCUCUAGCAUUGCACUUUGAUGAAAAUCUCAUCAAGCAUGUUCAAGGCUGGCCUGCAGAACAUGUGGAGAAGCAGGUGUCACGGUUACGUGAGGAUAUCCACAACAUGGGAACCCUCUACAUGUCAGAGAUCUGCACCGAACUUAAGAACCUUCGCUCUUUAGUGCGAGUAUGUGAAAUCCAGGCCACUUUGAGAGAGCAAAGGGUUCUGUUUCUGAGACAGCAGAUCAAAGAACUUGACAAACUGAAAAAUCAGAAUUCCUUCAUGGUUUGAGAGAUGGCUGUGGAGCUCAUGGCAGUCUCUCUCCAAACAUGUCCAGCCCCUGGUUGUUUGGACCCCUGCUCUCAGCCCGAGCUCUCAGAUUCGCAGUCGAACUAUAGGCUGCAAUGCCUGAAAUGGGACAGAGAGAAAGGAAGCUUCCAAAAGUGCUUAUCAAGGCAACACAAGGCCCUGAGAUCGUAGAUUAAUUUCACAGUCCUUUGACCAACAUUGCUUCUCUAUUCUCAGAUCCACAGGUCAUUAGAGAGAGAGAUUCAGAGAGCGCUCUCAGACUAACCUUUGAGUAAUCUUGCAGUGGAUUUGGCGAUUCAUGUGCUGGUUUCUCAGGGUUAUGCCUGUGUUAACGGAUCAUAAAGUUCACUGUCACACUGGAGACCCAAUAUCCCCUUAUCCUCCAGUGACUGACAGUGAUUAUGAAUGAUGUCAGAAGGGCUAUCUGUGCACAAGGUUGCUUCCAAGCUGCACUGGCAUUUAUCAAAGUGACCAACUAAAAUAAACCCAAUAUACUUCUGAGUGCUCAUUCUCAAAAGUUAGGCAUGACUGGCUGAUUCUCUGCCCCUCAGAAGGAUUACAUAUGACGCAAAAGUGAUCUUCCUUAAUUCACUGCAGAAAAACAAAUGGGUGCUAAAGAUUUCUGAAUUGGUGACGUGGCACUUAAAAGCUUUUGCUGAAGCGGUAGACGCACAUUUUCUGAGUUUCUGACCCUGAUGUAAGGGUUGUCACUAUCUGCCUUUGAUGUUCCUUGUUCUUUGCAGUGCUGUUACACAUCUAACAGAGAUUACUUUUCAUGCUGCACCCCAGCACUGUUUGACACUUUUUUUUUUUUCUUUCUUUUGUAUUAAUGUUGUUUUGAUUCGUUUGUAUUUGUUCAGUUGUUCUUUACUCAUAGAAUUGAGUUUAGUCAUUCCCAUAUUGCCCGAAUUAGGAGGAUGCAAUGAGAGAUCUCCUUAUUUUAUACAGCUGUGGUUGCACAUCAUAAAUGCAUCCUUCAUGGACAAAAGAGGACCACGAGGACUGUCCAAGCCGACCUACUGGGGGAAGAGUAUGGAGACGUACAGGAUCAGAUCAAGUUUUUCAUCUUUUACCUAAAAUAUCAACCAGUCUAUAGGAAAAAAAAAACUGUAAGCAUUUAGUCAACUUGUCAAUUUGUAUUUGACAAGGAUGUGAAAAAGGCAAAACUGGUGAUUCCUCUUUGAUGUUUGCAAUGUCAUUCAUAGUUUUGCUCCAUUGUUCUUUCUGUCUUCACUGCCCUCUGAUGCAGGGUUUGAACUUAGACCAAUUUUAACGCGAUAGGCUGUAAAUGGAGUACACUUUCAGAAUAGAGAUGGGUAUGUUGCUUUGUAUAUGGUUUCUAAAAGCUACAGAAAAUAAACAAUUACCACAUUA